AUGAUUCAGUAUCCCACCCGCAAAAUUGGAACCGAUGAUGUCUCUGCCAUUGGUUUUGGUGCCAUGGGACUCUCAGCAUUUUACGGUCAGACUGGACUGGAUGAAGAACGCCUCAAGAUGUUGGAUAAAACAUAUGAGCUUGGCUGCACUUUCUGGGACACUGCUAAUGUCUACGGGGACAAUGAAGAGCUCAUUGGUAAAUGGUACGCCCCACCGUUCAAGCUGAACCCCGAAAAGCGGAGCAAAAUCUUUCUUGCCACAAAAUUUGGUCAUACUAAGUCUGGCCGAGGGAUUGACGGGUCCCCCAAAAAUGUCCACGAGUCAUUUGCAGAAUCGCAGAGGUUGCUUGGCGUUGAUAAGGUCGAGCUUUACUACUUACACAGACCUGAUACCCAAACACCAAUUGAAGAAACUGUCGGCGCCAUGGCAGAACUUGUAAAACAGGGGAAAGUAAAGUACCUCGGAUUGUCGGAAUGCAGUGCGGACACGCUACGCCGGGCUCAGAAAGUGCACCCUAUCGCUGCUGCCCAAGUGGAGUAUUCACCCUUCACACUUGACAUCGAGGAUCCACAGCUUAACAUCCUAAACACGGCCCGUGAGCUUGGAAUCAAGAUCAUUGCCUAUUCGCCUCUUGGGCGUGGUUUGAUCACAGGACAGUAUACAAGCCCGGAGGAUUUCGAAUCUAAUGACUACAGGCGGACAAUUCCUAGAUACUCAAAGGAGAACUUCCCUAACAUCUUAAAGCUCUCAGACAACCUGAAAAAAGUAGGCGAGCAUUACAAUGCGACUGCCGGACAAGUGGCUUUGGCGUGGCUUCUUGCUCAAGGUGACGACGUCAUCCCCAUUCCCGGUACAAAGAAGAUCAAGUAUCUCGAAGAGAACCUCUGUGCUAUCAAGGUGCCGUUGAGCCCUGAAUCAGUCCAGGAAGUCCGAAUGAUUGCAGAGAAGGCGGAUUGGGUGAUAGGGGAUCGCUAUCCUCCAGCAUCUAUGAAGACGCUGUAUGCAGAGACCCCACUUCCAAAGAGCACCUGA